AUGGCGGAUUCGGAAGCAAACGCAAAGAUUCGAAUACGUAAGCGAAAGCAGAAAAUCAACGACCAACCCGAAAAACCUUCCAAACUGCACAGGUGCAUAAAGUCUGUUCAGAAGCCUCAGGACACUGUGAGAUCUUCCACUCCAUGGAACAAUCUUCAAUUGAUACUGUGCAUUCAAGACAGACAACUUGAUCUUCACAGUAAGGUCAAUCAAGCAUUCAAUUUUGUGCGUUCAAUGGUGGGCGAUGGUGCUGACAUUGAUCAGCAUUGUGAAACUGUAAAACUACAAAGACUACUAGGUUACCUUAAUGAUUGGAUCCUGACAGUGUUGUUCCCUCCAAAUGGGAAGGAAAACUGGGGUGACGGAAAAACACCCCAGCUUGAUGGAAUUGAUGCAUAUAUGGAUCUUCGUUGUUGGGAAAUUUUCAAGUUCUGCCUGCAGGAGUCUUUGAAGCUUCGCGUCUCUUUGAAUAUGUCGCGGAACCUCCUUCAGACUGUCCAAUUUAUCGUCAAAAAUGCUCCAUCUCUACUAGAGGACUUUUCCACUUGUUCAGAAGAACAUUUUAAAUCUGAUGAAAAGUUUAAACUAUACGACACUGCUCUUGAUUGUAUUUCGCUGGUGUUCUCAUCCCAUGGUGGGUUGUUAAACGAAAAUUUGGACUUAUGGGUUGAAACAACUGGGGCAGUGCUUGAGCUUGUCUUAAAAGUGUAUGGCAAGAACCUUGAUGGAAGCUGUGUGGGUGCUUGUGUAUUCCGUUUUUUGUGGUUGGUGCUUCAGCCCUUCUCCAAGUUUUUAAGGGUCCAUCCAGCUAGGAAAGGAUUUCAAAAUUUUGUGGACAAACUUCUUGAACCAUUGCUGCAUUUGUCUGGUGAGUUGCAUCUUCGGGUCAAUAGAAGUGAUCCCAUUUGGACAGGGAGAUUGGUGAAGGUGGUGGAAGAAGUUAUUUCUCACGGACUUUUUCAUCCAGUUCAUAUUGAUGAAUUUUUAAGCUUACAUGGUUCAGAAAAGUAUGCUGCUUCAUGUGAUGAUAAACCAAAAGAUUCAAAAGCAACCAUUAAGAGUUAUCAUAGACAUUUGUUUGAUGUGCUGAACAAAAUCAUAUCCAGAAAGAAUGCUAUAGCAAUGGGUAGCUUAGGCUUGAUAUUUCGCUUGUUUGCCGAUUCCGCGAGAAAGUUCAGGGGAACUUCAGUUUUGCAUGAAGAGAGCAAUACAAUGGAGAAAAUAAAUGAUUCAAGGCCACCUGUGCCAGGAGAAUCUUGUAGCUCCAAUAAUAUUUCUGCAGAUACUCAAAAAUCCCUUUUUAAUUUUUUGGUACUGAUUAUGGAGCCUCUUUUGCUCGAGCUGAAUGCCUUUCUCCAAGCUAAAAUAGACGCUAAGCUCCUUUUUUCUGAUCUUUAUGGUAUACUAAAGUCUAUUAGUAAUUUGCUUGCUAGUUUUAUGAAAGAGAAAGUAUAUGUGAAAACAGAGGACACAUCUGGAGGAGCUUGUCUCAAUUUCUUGAAGAAAACAUUUAAUACAUUGAUAGCUAGUUCCACGAGUAUACUCUGCUUCUCCAACUACAAUACAACUGAUGUGACAGGGAUGGAAACAUUUUUUUUAUCCGCCAACGAGAUAUUAGUUGCAAUGGGCUACCUUUUGGAAAUUGAAUAUGAGGUUAUUGGAGAAGAUUUGGUGAACUUAUGGCUUAUUUUGUUAUCAUACUCCACCGUCAAUUGCAAUAUGGCAAGUGCUUUUGAUCGAAGCUCAUUAUCUUCAACUAUUCCUGCCUUGGGAUGCCAAAUAGUUAAUCUCUAUAGUCAACUUCGCCAGGUGCAAAUUGCCAUUCUAGCAUUGUGCAAAGCGCUAAGGCUUUUGACCUGUGACGGUGAUGCUGAAGAAAGUUCUUCUAAGUUAUUGACAUUUCUGUUUAAUAAUGUUCAUUCUGAAUCAGUUGAAAGACUGUUAUUAUCACAUAAGUUCAUCCACACCAUUUAUAAAGCCAUGGAAUCUAUUCCAGAAGGGCAAGUGAGUGGGUUUAUUAGACAGGUAACAGGUGAUAUAUCUGAAACUCUUAGGUGGAUGAAAAACUGCUCUCCAUCGGCUGAUGGAAACAAAUUGCGAAUGAUUAAUCUGCAUGCAGAACUCUUGGGUAGAGGGCUCUCUAGACUGUAUUCUUUAGUGCUUGAUUCAGCCACUAUAACUGAAGGCAAUAGCAAUCUUGUUGGAGUUGCUGUUAAAGAACUUAUGUCAGUAUUGCGUCCCUACUUGAGUAUUCUAGUUAUUCAACAACCAGAUACUAUUUGCAAGUUUUUUUCAUCUAUAUUAGGAGAAACUGCUGAUCGGGCUGUUGGAAAGGACAAAGUUUUGAAGAAAUUUGGCAGGUCCAGUCAAUGGGUCUUUGUCCUCUUUUUGCAAUUGUUUUUGUCCAGCCGAAGCUUGCUUCGGCAAGCAAUCAGCCUUGCGCCUCCUAGUAUAUCAAAAAAAAUGUCAGCCGAGAUGGGGGAUUACUCAGCAUAUUCUGCCUUUGAGUUGAUGGAGAGGACUGAUAAGACCGACAUCGGUUUUUUCUCGUGGAUUGCUCAACCUUCUGCUUCCCUCCUUGUUGUUAUGCAAUUAAUUUCAGACUUCUAUCUAAAGUAUGGCUUCAAUGAUUCCUCCCCUUUGGUUUAUAUCUUUCAGUCUAUGGCUCUUCAGAGGCUUGUUGACUUGAAUAGGCACAUUGUAUUGUUGAAGUAUUCGCAAAAUAAGCUUUAUAGAUCACGAAUCAAGGCCCUGAAGGAAGAGGCUGCUGGACUUACUAAUUUUAUUAUGGAAAACUUAUCGUGUGUGUAUCAAUCCCCGAUCUUUGUUUCUGAUGAUGUUAAGAGUGAAGAUUUAGUUUCUUUGGCACCUCAAAUCAACAAAUGGAAUCAGGGGAUUUAUGUUGCUAACAAAAAUUCAUUGCCAAUAGCCAUUUGGUCAAAUCUCUGCAAAAAUGUUGAUAUUUGGGGAAAUCAUGGUUCCAAGAAGCAGUUGAAAAAGUUCUUCUCACAUUUACUUCAAACUUCCCUUCAUUGUGUAUCAAGCAGUUUUCAAGAGCCAGACAUGCAAGAUAACUGUAAGCUACUCAAGAGAGUCACUUUGCCGCAUAUAUCAGCAGACCUUCUAAGUGAUUCAAUUUUGUAUGAGCUAAAGUUUGCCCACAGGAACCUAGCCACAAUCUUUUGCAGUGCUUUAGAGAAAUCUGUAUUACCACUGUUUAGUAAUAUCGCAUGUACUGCUGUCGAGCUUGUGUCAGUACCUAACUGGAUUGAGUUUUUAAGGGGCCUCGACAACUCAAAAGAGGUUCCAGUUGAUUGUUCUGCAGUUAAAAUGCCGGUCGAUCAUUCAUGUGAUAAGCUUCAUGCAGAUAUCAGCAGCAGAGAAAAUGCCUCCCCUCUUACCAUCAAGAGUUUCACAGAUUGCCACCAUUUGCUUAAUCUCUUGACUUUGAUGUCAGAUGUCAAUGCAGGAUCAUUUUCACAUAUUGUGUCUUGUAUUUUCAACCUUGAAAGGCUUCUUGUAAAUGCCUUGAUAUAUUUUCAGACCACAGUGUACCGGGACUAUUAUUGUGAGUAUUUGAGGUUAUUUGUCUCUUGCCGGAAGGCCUUAAGAUAUAUAUUAAUGGGUUUAAGUGAGAAGACAGACACCAUCCGUUCCUCACCAAACUCGGUUAUUUCUGAAAGUUCGUAUCCUGUUUUGUGGUUUUCAAAGUCAUUAACUGUGAUUGCUGGAUUUCAAGAGGUAUUCUCAGCAGAAAAUAUUCUAUUUAAAUCUCUGAUGUUUUCUUUAAUGGAUCACACUGCAUAUGCCUUGUUGGGCAUUGGAAAACAUCAAUAUAUCCAUGCUUUUUGUUUUGAUAACAAGGCUGAGAUACCUUGUGAAGAGAUAUCUGAUCACAAAAUUAAUCAUACAGAGAAUCACUCGCUUUCAUCUUCUCAGCAUGUAGAUUCUUCCAAGCUUGAGCCAUUGAAGUGUUUAACCUUAAUAGCUCGGAAUUUGAAAGAGCAGAUGCAAAAUUUAGUUGUAUCUCAAAAGUGUAUUCUUUUCCAUGUCAAUGUGGGACAUGGUCUUACUUGUGAAAACAUGAAUAGAUUGUCUUCGGCAGUUUCGUGCUUUAGUGGAGUUUUGUGGGCCCUAACAUCUGCCCUGGGUCAAACUGAUGUUAAAGAUAGUGGUUAUAAAGAAAAAGUGUUGAUGUGGAAACAUGAACAUGGCUCUGAACUAAAUAGUUGUAUAUUUUCUUUUGUAGAAGUUGUUAAUAUUUUCAUAGACAAAUUGCUCAGUGAGAAAAAUCAACUCUCCGAAAAUUUACACGAUACCCAGAGUUUUGAGAAGCAAGCCUUCAAUUUAUGCUCAGUUUCUAAGGCAAAUGGAUCGGCUGGAAUGCAAAAAGAAUCUAAAACGGAAGCUCCUUGCUCCACUUCAUCAGCAACUGAUAAUGUCUCUAAAAGUGGCAGUGAUGUUGAAAUAAUGUCAAAUCCCGAAAGUGUAAACUUUGUUGCCAGUGUUUUGGCUAGGGAUGAUUCCCCUGAGCCACUGGGUUUGAAUAAACCUUUGUUACAAAGCUUGGUAAAAGGUGAUAAUCCUGAAGUAGCUUUUUUACUUAGACAACUGUUAAUAGCUUCGUCAUCUCUUUUGAGGCUAAAUUUGCUGAUGGAUGAUUCGCCAUUGCCUUCAAGUUGUGUGCCUGCAUCUAUUGAAAUCUCACAAGUAUUGUUAUUAGAAUUUACAGAGAUGGUUGGACUCCCACAACAAUCUGCUUUUCUUUUGUUAGACGGUGCUCUCAGCUAUCUGAGAGAAUUAGCAAGUUAUUUUCCUUUUACAGAUCCUACCUCAUCGAGUAAAGUUUAUACAAAAUUAGUACAAAUUCACAUGAGGGCAAUAGGCAAGUCCAUAUUGUUCCAAGGAAAAAGGGCAAAACUCACCUUGCACGAAAGACAGUCAAGCACAAAGACACUCCAUAAAGGACCAUUUGAAGCUUGCUCUUCUAAUGAAAUGCACGACUUUUGCUUGAAUGAAUUGAAAACUAGGCUGCGGGUGUCAUUCAAAGCUUUUAUAGAGGGGCAAUCGGAGUUGCAUCUUUUGUCUACUAUACAGGCCAUUGAGAGAGCUCUAGUUGGAGUACAAGAAGGAUGCACUAUAAUCUAUGGCAUAAAAACAAAUAAAGAUUGGGGUGAAGUUUCAACAUUUGUGGCAGCUGGCAUUGAUUGCUUGGACAUGAUUCUCGAAUUUGUUUCAGGUCGGAAGGGCUUGAAGCUGAUCAAAAGACACUGUCAGAGCUUAGUAUCUGCUGUUUUCAACAUUAUUGUGCAUUUACAGAGCCCAGAUAUAUUUUAUGUUAACUUGAGAUGUAAAACAGUUGCCGGUACUCCUGAUCCUGGGUCAGCCAUUCUCAUGUGUGUUGAAGUGCUAACUACAAUAUCAAGGAAACAUGGUCUUUUCUCAAUGGAUGUGUGUCAUGUGGGUCACAUGUUACAUAUCCCUGCUGCACUCUUUCAGAAUUUCCAUCAGCAUAGAAUUUCUAAAGCUUCUCGUCCUUCAGAUUCAUUUAUGGUCUCGGAAGAGCAAAAUUCUCAUUCAGAAGAUGGAGUGAAUUUCUGUCAUGUAGAUCACCAGUUCACAAUUAAUCUAUUUGUUGCUUGUUGUCAACUAUUGUGCACCAUUAUAAGGCAUCGCCCAAGUGAGUGCAAACAGUGUGUUGCCCAUCUUGAAGCAUCUGUCACUGUUCUUCUUAAUUGCUUGGAGACAGUUUUAGAGAACAACAAAUCAAUGGUGAAUGAAGGUUGGUUUUCUUGGGAAGUAGAAGAGGCUGUGAAAUGUGCUUGUUUUCUUCGAAGAAUAUAUGAAGAGAUAAAACAGCAAAAAGAUAUAUUUGGUCGGCAAUGUUGUCUAUUUUUAUCCAACUACAUAUCAGUGUAUUCAGGAUAUGGUCCCAAGAGAAGUGGUAUCAGAAGAGAAAUAGAUGAAGCUUUACGACCUGGUGUCUAUGCUUUGGUAGAUGCUUGCUCCAUUGAUGAUCUUCAAUAUCUUCACACUGUUUUUGGAGAGGGACCUUGCAGAAGUACCUUGGCAACUCUUCAACAUGAUUACAAACUCAAUUUUAAAUAUGAAGGAAAAGUGUGA